AUGAAAAAUAUAAAUAUAAGUAUAUUGAUAUUAGUCAUUAGUAUAAUUGUUUAUUUAUUUAUUGAACAUAUCAAUCGUCAAACAUAUGAAUUACUCAAUGAUAUUGAACGUCGUGGAAAUCGUUCGAUCAAUGAAAUCGAAAAACGAUCACGUCAACUCAUAAACUCCACAAUAACUGAAUUCAAUAAUCAAAUUACUGAACAAAUCAAUUUGGUGAUUGAAAAAAGUCGAAAAUACAUUCCUUUACAAAAUCCAUAUGGUGCUACAACUUGUACAGAAUGGUUUGGAUGUCAUAAGGGUUAUUGUUGGGCAGGAUGUGCUGGUGCUUUUCCAUCUUUAACUGGUCCUGAAUGGUGUUAUACAACAAAAUCAAAAGGAAAAAUCACUUGUUCUCAAGAUAAAGAUUGUAAUGGAUGUUGGCGAUGCUCUAGUCCAUGUAGUAUUUAA